AUGAAAUUUGCUGCAACUGCUGCAUCGGUGCUCGUAUUUGCGUUUGCUGUUGUAGGCGUUCCAACCGCUGGCCAGAAGAGUAUGAACGCGAUGGCCGCGAUUUAUGGCUCGCAGGGCGGAGGGAUAAACUACGGAUUUUCUAGCGGUCAAACAAGAUUUACGGGAGGAGAUGUGAUCAGGGCCUUGGGCUUGUAUCAAUUCAUCGGGAAUCUUUACCUCCAACCUGUUAUUGGCGUAAACGAGGUAAACCAAGGCGAGUUGAUCCAUUUCAAAGUAUAUGCAUUGUCUAUCAUCGAUACUGACACCAGAACAGGGAGACCGGGGCCUGCUUCUCUCGGACUAAAACACUACGCUCCUACGUUCCAUAUCAAAGGUGGUGCACUAUACCAGCUUAACAACGAACUUCAAUUAUUCCUUGAAGAGAAGCGCCGUGGUAUUGGCGGGCGAUGGCAAUGGCAUGACACUACCCUACACUUUGAACAAGGAGAGUGGACAAACCAUGGAUUGUUUCACUCUUGCCGCGAUAUGAAGGGAUCAUAUGGAAUCUAUGUUGAUUUCAAUGUUACUCAAGAGUAUCCUCAGAAUUGUGUAGCCAUUACUUUUCAUAGCUAUGGUGACGAUGAUGCCAAUUUCUGA